AUGCAAAUCUCCACGUUUGCGACUUUUGCCGUCUUUGCCACGGUUUAUAUGCAUAACGCAGCUGUCUGCGUUAAGAACAGGCAGCGUGGCAGCACCGGGAAUGGGACUCCCUACGGCAUCACUUACGGCUCAUGGACGGAAUACGAGAUCGACACUGCGGGAACUCAGUGUGCCUGCAAUCACUAUAAAAAUCGCAGCACCGGCAACAACCAAUGGGACAAAUGCCCCAACUGUCACUUCGAUGGUCUUCAGUGCCUUUCCAAUGCCUAG